GAGCAGCGUCUGCGUGAAGAAGAAACAAAAGCGCCCACGCGCGCACAAGCGGACAGCCGAUUGCUUCCCCGAAUCUCUUCCCCCAAUCCGGCGCCCGGCAGAAUGCGAGGCCGCCACCUCCUAAAACCCAUGCCCGUCCUCCUCAACACUACCCCUUCCCGGCUCCCCGCCGCCCACUUCCGCGUCCGUGACGCAGCCCGCCCGCCCGCGCCGCUGGCAGAGCCCGACGUCGGCAUCUCUCGCUUCGCCUCCUCCAUCCCGGGCUUCCGCGGCGCGCUGAAGCAGCGCUACUCCGACUUCAUCGUCCACGAGGUCGCCUGCGACGGCGCCCUCGUCCGCCUCACUUCCUUCGAUCUCCCCGACAUCGAGGAGAGUGGAGAUAAUGCGGAGGACGGUGAUUCCGACGCCACCGCGGAUCCAUCGCGGGCGCUCGAGUCGUUCCGGCUGCUCUGCGGCGAAGCGGAUUACCACGCCUUGAGGGGAUUCCUGGAGAGGGUUUCGGAGGGAGGUGAUGGUUAUUUGUCGCCAAUCAUUCUGUCAGCUGAUGCAGAUAAGGCACAUCGAUCCGAGGUGCACGAGUUCAUCAAGAGGAAUUUCAAGUUCCUGAACACGGAUACAGUUGAGCACAAUGAUGGUAUUCAGAAAUGCAUUAGGGUGCGCUUGGGUUCAGGGCCACGCUGUGGUAGGGGAAGGAACAGGAGAGGCAUGGACACUUCAGGCUGGAGAGAUGACAAGCCGUUUGACAGUAGAGGCUCUACAUUCUGGCCUUAUCACCUGGGGAAGUUCCUGAGGUUUCACCUUUAUAAGGAGAACAAGGACACGCAUGAGGCACUAGGGGUUAUAGGAAAAUUGGCAGGGGUUCAGCCAAGAUCGUUUGGAUUUGCAGGGACAAAGGAUAAACGUGCUGUUACAACCCAACAGGUGACAGUUUUUAAAGUGCAUGCUAGCAGGCUGGCUGCUCUUAAUAGCAAACUCACAGGUAUCAGAGUUGGAGACUUUAGUUACGUGAAGGAGGGCCUUGCUCUUGGUCGACUCAGAGGGAACCACUUUGCAAUUACUUUGAGGAAUGUUAUUGCAGAAUCGGCCGAUGAUAUAAAUGCUGCAGUUAAUGGUCUAAGUAAAAAUGGAUUUAUCAAUUACUAUGGCUUACAGCGCUUUGGCAGCGGUUCUGUACCUACCCACUUUGUUGGUGCUGCUUUGCUCAGAGGAGAAUGGAGACAUGCUGUUAGCUUGAUUCUUGGUACAAGGGUACAUUAUAAAUGGCAUGUUGAUGUUGAUGCAGCACUUAGGGGCAUGCCCCGACAUCUCACAGUGGAGAGAGCUAUUCUUCAGAGAUUGAAGAACUACCCUGGCAACUAUCUACAAGCACUAAUGGCUAUACCUAAAGCACUGAGGCUGAUGUAUGUACAUAGCUACCAGAGUUACUUAUGGAAUCAUGCUGCAAGUAUGAGAGUGGAAAAGUAUGGUAUUUCACAAGUUGUAGAAGGUGACUUAGUUUACAAAACUGGGUCCUCCCUUGGAGAAGCAAUUACCACAGAUACAUUUGAUGACGAUGAUAGCCACGUUAAUUCACCUGAAAUGGAAAUGUCUUGUGAAACACUUACUGAAGAAAUGAUCCAAUCUGUGAAGGUAGUUGAUUCUGAAGAUUUAUUGAAGGCAGUCUAUUCGUUUGAGGAUGUUGUUCUCCCUUUGCCUGGGUCAGAAACAUUGUUUCCUGGGAAUGAAGUUACUAUGAUUUAUCAUGAAAUAGCCAAGAAGGAUGGCAUUAGCCUGAUAGAGAGCGCCCAUGGUAUCAAGGACUUCUCGAUUACAAGCAUGAAAGGAGGUUACCGCCGCGUACUCCAACGCCCUAUUGAUUUUGAAUGGGACCUGAUGACUUACACAGAUGACAAUACACCUUUAGUACCAACUGAUUUAGAUGUUCUAUCAGAAACCCAGUUAUCAGAAACAAAUGAGCCAUUAUCUGAUGGGACUUGCAGUUGUCCAUCAAGUGAUUCCAGGUUGCAAGUUUUAUUGGACACCUCUGGACCAACCAUUGAAGCUAGCUCAGUAGAAACCAAAUCAAUUGGCAUCUCAGAUCUGUCACCAGAGAAACUGGCUGUGAAAUUAGAAUUUACUCUACCAGCAUCAUCUUAUGCUACAAUGGCCAUAAGGGAGUUGACGAAAACUUCAACUUCGGUUGCUUGCCAGAAAACAUUAAACGGCUGACCAAGCCUUGCAGUGUAAAAUGCUUUCUUCGCAAGCUGGUAUCCAUUGUGACAAAACACACCAUGUGGGUUUAACUGAUAUUUUCUUUUCUGAAUCAUACAACUUGGAGGAUUUCUCUACUUAUGGAGCUUCUAAAACAGAUGGGCCCAGGGGAUGGAACCAAGCUUCGGAAAAGAAGGAACAUUUCGGUUCUUUGCUCUCACUAGGAAUGAUGUUCCAUGAUUUUUUAGAAAACUGGAACAGGUGUUGGUCUGACAUACAUGGAUGUAAACUUAGAUGACUGAAAAGUAGCUUUACCUUUUGCAGACAGAUCUUUUUGUCUUUAGUUUAUGCAUCGUAUAUUGUGAUGUCUGAACUGGGGUCGCAACCUCGUGGGCAUGCACGUAUGGCCAUGCACUUCUUUGAGGCGUGCACUACCUCAUAACGUUCACGUCCUUACCAGCA